AUGCCUCUCUGGCAGAUCUACUCUCCCCCCGGGACAUUCACCCCGGAAGCGAAAUCCAGCGUCGCAACCGAUAUCACCAAGCGAUACACCUCCAUCGGCCUUCCCGCCUUCUACGUGGUCAUCCAAUUCCACGAACUCAAGCCGGAGGAUGUCUACGUGGGAGGUCGUGUGGCUACCAACGCCAAGAGGCCGUUUGUACGGGCGGUCGUCACGCAUAUCGCGGUCGUGCAGCCGAACAGCGACGCCGCGUAUCGUCACACGACCAAUUGGCUUGACAAGGUCUUCAAGGAGCAUGUGCUGGAUAAAGGGUAUGAUGUGGAGUAUCACGUGGAGGAAACGGAGCGGCGGCUGUGGAAGAUAAAUGGGAUGAUUCCGCCGCCGUACCGGAGUGAGGAGGAGAAGGUUUGGGCGAGGGAGAACCGGGCGGUGGAGUAUGAGGGGGCGUUUGCUGAGGAGGGAGAGGGGAAGGCGGGCGGGAAGGCAGCGCUUUAG